UCGUACUUGACCCAAUUUAUAGACACCAAUGAAUCGAAACGGAUUCGAUGUCGGCGUUACGAACCAACUAUUUAAAGGGAUGCCCACUCGAAUUAAAAAUACAAUUGACUUCGACGAGUUUCGAAUUCGCCAAGAAAAAUGUUCCGAUUGGCAUCUGUACUGGUUUUGGCAGCCGCAUGCUGUGCAGCUCCCCUGGGAGAUACUGGGAUUAAUUUUUUUAGCAACACGUUCCACAAGAGCGCUCCAUUGAAGGCUCACGCUUACGCAACUGAGGUUCACCAUCCAGUUGCCUACUCCGCAGGCAUCGCACUUGCUCCGGCUGUCAAAGGAUACGCUUAUGCUUCGGAAGUCCACCAUGCACCAACUUUUGUUGCCCCCGUUGCUAAAGGAUAUGCUUACUCCUCUGAAGUUCAUCACGCUCCAGUAGCACAGGCUGUUCAACCAAUCAAGGGUUAUGCCUACUCUUCUGGAGAGAGUAACUCACAACCAGAAUCAGCAGUAUCUUAUGCCUCUGAGGAAGCCCAAGAAGCCCCAGCUCAAGAUUCAGAGGAAGCCCCAGCAGCUGAUGCUUUGGAGGACAAACAAGUAGCUCAGGAAGAACUUCCAGUCGAAGCACCGAAACAAGAAGAGUUGCCAAGCACCUAUGCCUCCAAUGAUGCUGACCUCCCCAAAGAAGCACCAUCCGCCCCUAACGCCGUGAAAGGUUAUUCAUACGCAUCUCAAGUGCACCACGCUGCUCCAGUAGUUGCUGUGCCAGCACCAGAUCAUGCCCUAGCUUAUGCAGCUGCUCCAGUGAAGGGAUACGCUUAUUCUUCUGAAGUUCACCACUCAGCUCCGGCUGUUGCUGUUGCACCAGUGGCAGCUAAAGGUUUUGCUUAUUCUUCCGAAGUCCAUCAUCCAUCCGCUGCAGUAGCUUAUGCAGCUGCUCCUGUAAAGGGAUACGCCUACUCUUCUGAAGUUCAUCAUUCAGCUCCAGUUGCUGCCAAAGGUUUCGCUUAUUCUGCACAAGUCCAUCAUCCAUCUGUUGCUGUUGCACCAGCUGCAUUGACUUAUGCAGCUGCUCCGGUGAAAGGCUACGCCUACUCUUCUGAAGUCCACCACGCAGCUCCAGCUGUUGCAGUUGCACCAGUGACAUACGCAGUUGCUCCUGUGAAGGGAUACGCCUACUCUUCUGAAGUGCACCAUGCAGCUCCAGUUGUUGCACCAGUGGCGUAUGCAGCUGCUCCUGUUAAAGCACAUGCCUAUUCCACCGAAAUUCAUCAUGGAGGCCCAGCAAUAGCUCUUUCUUCAAACCAUCACGCCGUCAUAAACAACUACAAAGGCACUCCUUACUACUAAACCGCCUAAUCACAGAAAUACAAACCUGAUGAUGUGAACCAAAGAGCUGAAAGUUUCUGAACGAACUAUUGGUUACGAACUAUAUUUGAAAAGCUUUUCACAAUAUAAAUAAUAUUUAAAAAGUUGUGUUCUGAAACAUACAGGAUGUUUAUGUUCAAGACAAAUGCCAUAUAAAUUUUAAAACUUUGAAAUAAAGAUUUUAAAAUUA